CAUGAUAUCUCUAAAUAAUGGUCUUAAUGUAAGUGAUGUAUUAAGAAAUAUGCCAUCACAUACAUUAAUUAAGACUAUAGAAUUGUUAGAAUCAAUAGUAAAGUAAUUUGAAUAUGACUAAAUCAAAUAAAAUUUAGAAGAAGAAGAUGAACCAUAAGUACCUUAAAAUGAAUAAUGGAGAAGAUAAAAUGCACAAUUGUUGAAAGCAUUAAAAAGAAUUCCAUAAAAUAAGAUUGAAGUAUUAGUAGAAGAAUAGUAUGAAGAGAAACCUCCUUGUUGGGAUGAAUUUUAACCUGAAAUAGUAUAAACAUAAUAAGAACCUGAAAGUGAUUUAUAUGAUGAUCAAUUAAGAAGUUAAUUAUCAUACAGAGAAAGAAUGAAAAAAGAAUUCUAAGAAAAUUAAGCAUAAAUAGAGUAAGAGAAAUAAGAAGAAAGAAGAAAAAUGAGAGUUUUAGUUGAUGGUUAACCAGAUAAAGUAACUUAUGAUAUUGAUGGUAAACUUAUACUUAAAGCUAAAAGAGUAUAAUUAGCACCUGUAAGAAAGAUUGAAGGUUAAUAAAUAAAGGAAUUACCUAUUCAAUCUUAAAUAGAUGAAUUAACAGUUAUUAAACCUAAAAGACCAUAAUUUCCAAAACCUAAAUUAAAAGUGUUUAAAGUAUAACCUACAAUUGAAAAUGCAGAAGCAUUAUAAAUUAUAGCAGAAUAAGAGAGAAAUCCUAUUUAAGAAUUUAUGGAAGUCUUAGAAUUAAAACCAGGAGUGUUUUUAGAACUUGAAAAUUAUGAAAAAGGAAAUAGAAGUAAACAUACAUAAGCUUAAGAUUUACCAUAUAGAAUAUAAAAUAAAAUGGAUUAAUAUUUAGCUUCUGAAUAAUCACAAUCUAUCCGUUUAUCUAAAGAAGAAUAUUCAAGUAUUACUAUGAAUAAUAGCAUUUUAAAAGGAUCUUAUGAAUAAUCUUAUUUAAAAAAGAAAUAAGGUGGACAUAGAUAAAAUACUACUUAAAAAACUAAAUAAAGUGAUUAUGAUGAUAGUAUACCUAAAAAUGGUAUAGUAAAAGUAAAUGAUAUUGGUAAGUUCUAUGAUCUAUUAAUAAAAGAUUCAGAAAUCAUAGAAGAAAAUACUCAAUCAUAAUUUCCUAAUAUUAUUAUGGAUAAUAAAUAUUAAAAUAGCUUUAGUAUUUAAGAAUUUAAAACACCAUUAAAAUCAGAAUUGCCAUCAAUUCCUGCUACUUAAUUUUAUAAAUACUUAUCUAAAUAAUAAUUACCAAGUUUAUCAAGAAUUGAUAAUCAUAGUGUGACUGGAUCAGUUACAUCUAAAUUAACUAGAGAUAGAUCUAUGCCUGAUGUUAUUAAUAAUAUGAAAUUACAUUAAUGUCUUGCUGCUCCUAAAAUUGGUAAAUUCUUAGGAUUUGGAAUCAAUCAAAAAUAUAAAUUUUGA